AUGUUUUGUGCGGUUGCUACCUUAGCGAUAAUUGGGCUUUCUAAGGGCUUUGUUGUUCGUAGAGACGAACCUGGAUAUACACAUGUGGUGGAUAAUGAUGCACUCGUACAGUUCAUUCACGAGGAGUACACGAACAAUGCGCUUGAUAAUCUGAGCGAGUUUGUGAAGAUACCGAGUCUGUCCCCUAGUUUCGACGAAAAUUGGUACGAGAAUGGUGCGUUACUGGGAUCUCUUGAACUGAUGCAGACCUGGGCUGAAGACCAGAAUGUCCAGGGUCUUACAUCGCAUAUCUAUGACAACUUUACGCAGGAGGAUGGCAGCCCUGCUCCUCCCAUUCUUUUGUUGUUCAUCGAUGGUACCAUCGACAACUCUGAUACAGCUUUUCUGUACGGGCACGCCGAUAAACAGCCGAUGAUGGAGGAUGUAUGGACAGUGACGAAACCAAUGGAGCCACUCUUGACGGAUGACAACACAAAACUUUAUGGUCGAGGCGCAGCAGAUGAUGGUUAUUCGCUAUAUACCUCUAUCCUUGCUGUGAAGGGGUUGCAGCAGCAGAAUGUCUCCCACUCACGCGUUCUGAUUAUGAUUGAGACAGAAGAAGAAUCUGGAUCUCCGAAUCUCCCUCAAUUUCUGGAGUUUAUGAAGAACGAGCUGAACGUGCAACCGAGUUUCAUGUCAAUUGUUGACUCAGGAGGUCAGGAUCUUGAACAUUUCUGGGAAACCACGUCCUUGAGAGGUAUUGUUAUGGGUCGUAUUCGUGUUGACAUAGUGAAUGGUACCCUGCACUCAGGUAGCGCCGGUGGAAUUGCACCAUCACCUAUGCGAAUCAUCAUGGACCUUAUCAGCUCACGAUUGGAAGACUUAAAGACUGGCGACAUACUGGCCGAACCCUUCCACCAGGAGGUUACGGAAUAUCAAAGAAAUAAUGCCUAUGCGGUUGCAGAAGCGGUUGGUGAUGAGAUAUACGCGAGCUUAGGUUUUGUCGCGGGAGCUGGUCCCAACUACAAUGGUAGUACUCCGACAACUGAGGAUAUUGCCAACAUGCUCAUCCGAAGCACCCUUUCGGCACAGAUGACUAUAAUAGCUUAUAACCACGAAACAAUGCCCAAGUUAGGUCAGGGUGGACAGGCUAUCUACCCAUUUGCCGAGAUUGAGGUCAGCAUUCGAACGGCGCCAGGCACUGACCAGGAUAUGGCUGUGGCUGAGCUGAAGACAAUUAUCGAAGCCGAUUCGCCAUACGGUGCUAAUGUGACGUUCUCUCCGAUACUUGCACUUCCAAGUUUCUUGGCACCACAACCCCCUGCCUGGUUGGCAUACACUAUGGACAAGUCAGCCAGAGACUUCUGGGGAGGUGAGCCUAGAUUGGCGAUUGGCUCCGGUGGUUCAGUCCCAAUGAUGUCCUACUUCCAGGAUGUGUUCGGCGAUCUGGAUGUUGUAGCAACUGGAGUUCUCUCCGGAUCAACUGGCCAUCAUGGUCCUGAUGAGUUCCUGCACAUCCCAACAGCUGAACGUGUGACAGCAAUGUUCGCCACUGUCUUGGCUGCGCAAGCAGAUAAGGAGUCCUUCUGA